AUGCUUGUUGCUCUGGGUUCCGUCAACCUCGUUGUGAUUUUACUGAUAAUCACGAGACCGUAUCUUCGUUCUAUUACAAAUGUUUAUAUGAUCGGAUUAUGUCUAGCCGAUUUUAUUUAUCUUGCUGAUCUUAUUUUGGUAGCUGCCACGUCGUUAAAUGGAAAAAGUUGGCCGUUUGGCGUCACUGUCUGUCAUCUGUUCCAUGGAACCGAAGCUACUGGAAAGUAUGCUUCAGUUCUUUUUGUAGUUCUAUUGGCUGCUGAUAGAUAUAUUGCCAUGUGCAAAAGCGACUUAUGCGGACGGUACAGGACCUAUCGAACUGCAAUCCUGCUUAGUGGUCUUGCUUGGAUAGCUGCCCUAAUUUGCAGCCUACCCUUAUACGUAUAUGCAAAUGAGGUCAAAGUUCGGAUAAGGUCUAAAAAUGCAACAGACAUGGUGGAAAACAACCAUACAUUAUGCAUUGCACAUUGGCCAAGUCCUCCGCACGCACAAUGGUACAUCUCGGUUUGCUCUUUGAUGAUUUUUAUUCUACCAGGACUUGUUAUUUUCUAUUGCUAUUAUCAUGUGUUCUGUAAACUGCGCGAAGCCGCUAAAGGAUCAAGAAGAUUGCAUCGAAGCAAAACACGAUCGUCUUACCAGAGAGUCACUCGAAGUGUCCAGCGAGUGGUGCUCUUCCAUCUUCUUUGCUGGUCACCAUUUUGGCUCUUCAAUCUUUUCUCGGCAAUAUUCCGAGUCCGCAUCACUACACAAUUGAUGCGAAUCAUUGUCAAUAUUAUUCAUCUGUUCCCAUACGUCAAUUGUGCAUUGAAUCCCGUUCUGUAUGCGUAUCGUGCUGAAAACUUCCGCAUCGCUUUCAAAUCGCUAUUCUUUUGUAGCCGGAGGAAUCGAGCAAUUCCAGUUCCCGAAGAUAUUCGAAGCGCAACACAUAGCACGUACUACCGGAAAAGUAGCAACCUCGAUGGAUUGAAAUCUCAAACAUCCAUCAAAUCACCAAAAGAAGCACAAUCGAUGUAUCAGGAAGAAGAAAAUGAAACUGAGACGAUGAAAAUGGAAAAAAAAAAGGCUGAACUUCAACGAUGGCGUCCUUACGACGGAUCCAACGGUGAAGGAUUAGAAGUUCAAUUCGAGAGCAACGCUGCUCCGUUCGGAGCCUUAUUAUUCCAGCAAGCAAUAUCACAAGUUUUUCGAUCUCUUUCCGGAAUUGUCUAA